AUGCAUUUCGCAAGUCUCGACGACACUCCAAUGUUCCGCCAACAGCUCCAGUGCUCGGAGGAAAGUGCAGAAUCAUUACGCUCUAGAUGCUGGAAGUUCUACAAAGGAUGUCGAAAGUAUACGGAAGGGCUUGGAGAGGCAUAUGAUGGGGACAUCGCAUUUGCAAGUGCCCUUGAAAAUUUUGGAGGAGGGAAUAGUGAUCCUCAUUUUGUUGCUUUGGGAGGAUCUGUUAUGGACAAAUUUACUAUUGCUUUGAGAGAAAUCAGUACAUACAAGGAACUUCUUCGGUCACAAGUAGAGCACGUGCUCAAUGACCGGUUACUACACAUUAUCAAUGUGGACAUCCAUGAAGUCAAGGAAGCUCGGAAGCUUUUUGACAAAGCUUCCCCUGUAUAUGACCAGGCACGUGAAAAGUUUAUGUCAUUGAGAAAAAGCACUAAGAUUGAUGUUGUUACUGCCACAGAAGAGGAAUUACAGAAUGCAAGAACGUCAUUUGAGGAAGCCCGUUUCAAUCUGGUUGGUGCUGUUAAUAACAUCGAGGCCAAGAAGAGAUUUGAGUUUUUAGAGGCUGUCACUGGAAUAAUGGAUGCUCAUCUUCGAUACUUUCAGCAGGGAUAUCAGCUAUUGCAUCAGAUGGAACCUUUCGUUGGCGAGGUUUUGGAUUAUGUACAACAGUCAAGAGAAAGUUACAAUAAGGAGCAGAUUUCACUUUAUAAAAGAAUGCAAGAAUACAAAAGACAAGUUUAUCAAGAAAGUAGGAUGUCCUUGAAUGGCCCUUAUGGUUCUCCUAGUGCAGACUGUGUGCAUCCUUUUUCUAGGAUAUCAAAUGAAGUGGUAUAUGUCGUAACGGAAUCUGCCGCAAGUGGAAAGGUUCAAAUCAUUCGACAAGGGUAUCUUUCGAAACGAUCCUCCAGUUUGAGGGGUGACUGGAAAAGAAGGUAUUUUGUUCUUGAUAGUCGAGGAAUGUUGUACUACUAUCGCAAACCAUGGAACGGGUCAUAUGGCAGCAAUCAAUCAUCUCCAAAGAGGAAUAGUGCCACGGAAAAUGGUUCUGGGCUUCUGAGUCGAUGGCUUUCCUCUCAUUACCAUGGGGGUGUCCAUGAUGAAGCCCGUCAUACAGUAAACCUGCUGACGUCAACAAUCAAGGCUGAUGCUGAUCAGUCAGAUUUAAGAUUCUGCUUCAGGAUUAUUUCACCAUCCAAGAACUAUACACUGCAGGCAGAAAAUGCACUGGACCAGAUGGAUUGGAUGGAAAAGAUAAAUGGAGUAAUUUCCUCCUUGUUGAGUGUCCAGACACUGGGAACGACUCUCUCAGCUGACUCAGAAAACGGUGACUCUGACUCUGCCAACAAGGUUGAUGUGGUAGAAAGUUCUCCAGAUAAUGAUCGCACAGUGAAUGAGAAGGCUACAUCCAAGAAUUCCACACCUGAUAACCAUUUACGUUCGUCUAAAAGUAUGCAGUUGCAUAAACACGGCAUAAGUAGUGAAAAGCCAAUUGAUGUUCUUAGAAGGGUGUGCGGUAAUGACAAAUGUGCUGAUUGUGGUAAACCUGAACCAGACUGGGCAUCUUUAAACCUCGGCAUCCUUAUAUGCAUUGAAUGUUCUGGUGUUCAUCGUAAUCUUGGUGUACAUAUAUCAAAAGUACGAUCACUGACACUUGAUGUGAAAGUAUGGGACCCCUCUGUCUUAAGCAUGUUCAAGUCACUAGGCAAUCUCUUUGCAAACUCAGUUUGGGAGGAGCUGUUACCUUCGACGAGUACUUUGCAAACUGAUGACAGCUCUUCUGGUUCAUCCAAGGCAGACAUAGACAAGCCAUUUCAUGCAAGAAAACCAAAACAUGAUGAGUCUAUUUCAUUAAAGGAGAGGUUCAUUCACGCAAAGUAUUCUGAGAAAAUCUUUGUUCGCCGGACAACGAAAAACCACCCUACCUUUUCACUGGCACAACAGGUGUGGGAAAGCAUCUACGCCAAUGACAAGAAAGCGGUAUACCGGCAUAUUGUCCAGUCAGAUGUGGAUGUCAAUGCCAUCAGUCGGCAAGCAUUAUCUGGAGGUGACUCUUUUAACGUGGCUUCUUCAAGUAAUUCAAACAUUUCAUCGCAAAAUGAAAAUCGGUUGAUUGAGGAUAUAAAAGAUGGUUCUAGUGUGCUACACCUGGCCUGCCUAACUGGUGACGUUGGCAUGGUGGAGCUGCUCCUACAGCGUGGGGCAGAUAUAAAUGCUUAUGAUUCAAGCGGUCGUACACCACUACAUUACUGUAUUAUCAGAACGAAGACCGAAGCUGCGAAAGUCCUUAUUACCAGGGGGGCCAAUCAACAUGUCGCAGAUAAAGAAGGGAACACUCCUCUUAAGUUUGCAUCAGAAUCCGACUCUGUUAGCAAUGAAAUUCUCGCUCUCUCGGCAAGCAGAUGACAU